CCUUUUCUCACCUCGCACCUGAGUGAGGGUGGGGCGGGCUGAGCCGUUAUUUUUGGCGGGCUGCUGCUCGUUCCUGUCCCCUUAGUGUGUGGGAAGGUGGUCUGGUUUGUAGCUCGGGGCUGUGCUCUGCUCACCUUCAAGAGGAAGAAAAAUAAAGCUACGCAGAAAAGGGAUCUUAUGCCAUGCGAAAAUCGGCUUCAAGGGCUGUGGCGUCAGUGAAUACGGAGAACCAAAAAAGCGUUGGCUAUUGAAGCACAGCACAGCCAUGAAAAGGAGUUCAGCUGAUGCUUCAACCCGCAGCACCGCAGGUUGUUUGCCUGUGCCUCUCUUCAAUCAGAAAAAGAGACCCAGGCAGCCCCUCACCUCAAAUCCCCUUAAGAACGAGCCGGGUUCCAGUUCUGUGACUCAUGACUUUUCUUCCUCAUCAUUGGGCUGGGGAGCUGCAAACCCAGAAGUCGAUGAGCUACAGAAAGCAGCAGACAGUGGAGCAGAUGAUCACAUGGCUCCUUCCCCUAUGAAAUCACCAAAUGCAAUAAAGCCUAAUUUAGUCAAAGCUGGAAGAAACUUGUAUGACUACAGGGCAGAAGAGAAGACUCCCAGUACUAAAAUUUGGAACAGAAAUGAGUGCACCCCUGCAAGUAACAGAACAGGUUCAAUAUCUGGUAGUGGAACUACUCAAAAGUUUGAGAACCGUUCAAAUAAUUGGAAACCUGUUCAGCAGCAGAAAGUACCUGAUAGCUCCAAUUCAUCUCAGCACAUCAAAACAACAGGAACCAGCCAAAAGCGCUCCACUAAAGGACAGUGGCCAGUGAAACCUAACACUGCGUCAGGAAAUCUGCAGGAUUAUGGCCUGCCAUAUAAAUUGAACUGCAAUAGUCAGCAAAAUAGCAUGAAUGAAAAGCAAUUUGAUUGCGUUCCAGAAGCCAAAAGUCAGGAUAUUUCUUCAUUUCAAUUAAAGCUAAAAGAAAAAAGGAAUUCUUUGCGAAUCGUAUCUGCAGUCAUUGAAAGCAUGAAGCACUGGAGCCAAUACACUUACAAAACACCAAUAUUAUUUGAAGUUUUAGGCACCCUUGAUUCUGCAGUCACAUCUGGAGCGUACGGAGCCAAGAAUUUUCUUUUGAGAGAUGGAAAGGAGAGCCUGCCUUGUGUUUUUUAUGAAAUUGAUCGCGAGCUUCCAAGACUCAUUAGAGGUCGUGUGCUCAGAUGCAUGGGAAACUAUGACACAAAAAAGAACAUUUUCAAGUGUGUCUCUGUAAGACCAGCAACUGUUCCAGAACAAAACACUUUUCAAGAAUUUGUUAAAAUUGCAGAUGUUGAGAUGACAGCCUACGCAAAAACAAUGAAUGAAAUUUAAAUGUAAAGGUGGUAUAAAAUUCAUUCACUCAAACUAAUGCUGAAAAUGUGAUUAAAUAAUUGAAAAUAUACUCUGUUAUCCAACAAAUGCUAAGGACAGCAUUUUGUUUCCACUAUUACUCUCACAGUGUAUUUUCUCUGGCUAUUUGUUAUGUAGUUCAUUGGAUUUUACUGGAGAAAUUCUGAAUUGAAAUGUUGGAGUUGUUUAUAUGAAUGUAACUUAUUUAUAUGAACUGUUCCUGCUUAACUAGAGUGAGGCAAAUUCUAUUUUUUUGGAAUGGACUGUUCAAUGAGUUUUAUUUAAAAACAAACAAAAAAAUCCAUGGAUCAGUGAAAACUGCAGGGAGUGCCCCACUCGUAUCCCUUUUGUCUGUUACCCCAGUGUAUGCAUCCUUAACAGCAGACCAGGCUGAUUAGUGGCCUCUUAUUUCUCCCAGUCACUGAAGAAAAGACUUAAUAGUGAAACUUCCUUCCAUUGAGGCACCAGGAGGAGAAGUGAGGCUGAGCCACCCCUAAGGGGAUCAAACCCUUCUCUUACCUUCUCACCUCAAUGACAUACUGCCUAUACGUGCUACCUACUGUACAUUUUAUUUUCCCCUUUUGGUGUGGUGGGUUUUUGUUUGUUUCUGUGCCCACAAGCAAUCAGUUUAGACCUUUACAAACAAUUUGCUGAGAGUGAAAUUUUAUGUUUUGAGUUCUGUAAUACUUGGCCACACAAAUUUGACUCUGACAGUAGUUCAGGUGUCUCAGAAAAAGGAUACUCUCAAAACUAAUUCACACUGCCAUUGCUUCUUACCUUCAGCUAUUAGAAAUACCUUCAGUACCUCUUUCAGAAUGUUGACUGUGGUGAGUGUUUGGUCCAAGUUCAGUAGUGAUCAAACAUCAACAAAGUUCUUUGUGUGAUUUCAUUAAAAUUGCUCUCUGCUAGAAAGUAAGAUGGUGUAUCCUGCUUCAGUUUCCUUUGAAUAGCAACAGCAUGUGUAAGAGCUCUUCUAGAAAGGCACAUAACAGGCACUGCAGAAGGAUUUCACAGGAUACAGCUGUACACAGUAGGUAUUCAUAUGGUUCCCUUUGCUACACCACUAGUUGUACUCCUCUUUAAAAACAGUGGAUCAUUAUGACACUUGUUUAAAUGAGCAGCACGCCCUGUAGCUGUGGGAACAUUGUUCAAGGACAUGCAGGAAGUUGGAAAAUAAUUACUUGAACACAGAACUUCCUUGCCUUUGCCAUAAGAACAUCCUGUGAGGGGCGGUCCACGUGCAUGUUUGUGUCUUUGCCUUCAAAUAUCUACUCUCACACUUAUUCCUGUUGUUUCUAUUUCCUUCUCCCCUUACUUCAACACCGUGUACCAAAUUUGUUGGAAUUUUUUUUUAAUAAUAAAAGAGAGAUGUUAAGAAAACAGUAAACAGUGAUUUUUUUUUUUUCAAAUUUUUUUAUUAUACAGUGUUGGCAAUUGGAAAUUUCACAUUUAAAAUAAUUGAAGUAUUGUAUCCAACAAGUCAAAUACAGAAAACAGUUAAUAUUCUAAAAAGGAGCCAGCUAGUCAAUGCAGAAACACAUUAAUGGAAAAUACAGCUUUUAGUUACACUUAGAAAAUUAUAUAUUUAGAAUAAAACUUGAACCUGAUCCCAUAAAUUGUUUGACUUUUAACAAGAAAACGCUUUACACAGUUCAACUCGUAGACAGUCUUUAUUUUAAAAAGUGAUCUGUCAGUGUUAGCAUAUGGAUUGUUAGCAACACCCUACUGAAGCUGUCAGUUGAGGAGCUAAAGCAUAUGCUUUCCUAACUGUGCUAAGAAUCCCUUGCCUUAUCUCUGUCUUCUGUGCUAAGCUGGUUCUGAGCAUGGAUGUUUCAAGGAAAGUUUUGCCUGUCCAGUUGUAGGGGUCCUGUACUUAUGCUUCAUUUCCUUAACGUAUGGUAAAACAACAAAAUUUCCAAAUGGAGACAGUAGUUGGGUUCAUGGAAGGAAACAGAGCCUGACAGCGCUCACAACAGAAGAGGCUGAGUUUAAAGAAGUAAAAGAUUUGGUACAGCAGCGUUGUGAAUUGUAAAACUCCAUUAAAACAGUACAUUGAAAUUACGAGGGAGGUUUGAGCUGUGGGGCCAGAAUUGCAAGAGUGUGUGUGUGUGUGUGUGUGUGUGUGUUCAACAUCACACAGCGCUGCAGUCCUCAGAUUGUGGCUGAAUGAAGGUUCUAGUUCUGCACAUGUGAAAGUUAACAAGCAAUGACAGGAACUGAUUGGCUGUGCUCAGCAGGUAUGGUGUGGAUGUUAAGAAAAACACAAAACUUUGCUUGUAGAUUUUAGGUACUUGCAAUUAUUUUUUUUUUU